AUGAGCCGUCAGCUCUUAGUAGGCAGACAACGUGCCAGGAGCCCCUUCGCCAAACUCUCCACAAGUAACUCAGCCUCCCAGUUUCAUCCUGGCAGCUACAGAAGCAGAAGUAUGUCUAGGAUUAGUGGAAGAACAACAUUCCUGUGUGGAGGCUACAAGAGUGGCACCUGUGGAGCUGAUGGUCCAAGUGUGCAUAGAAGAUACAGCAUCCAUGGGGUACAUGUGGACCCGCAUCUGCUGGAGCCUUUCCAUGUGGACAUCUGCCCUGAGAUCCAGAAAGUGAGACAACAGGAGAUGGAGCAGAUGAAGAACCUUAACAGCCAAUUUGCUGAUUUCAUUGAUAAGGUGCAGUGCUUGGAACAAGAGAACCAGCUGCUUGCAACCAAAUGGUCCUUCCUACAGAAACAAGCCAAACCACCCACAAAAUGUCUGAAAUCUCUUUUCGAGCAGUUCAUUUGCAACCUGAAGAAGCAGCUGGAUCAUUUGCUGUGUGAGAAGGGAAAACUGGAGACGGAUUGUGAGUGUUCAAAAGAGGAGGCUGAGGACUGCAAGUGCAGGUAUGAAGAGAAAGUGAACCAACGCUGUGCUGCAGAGAACAAAUUCGCAGAACUCAAGAAGGUGUUUUUGCCCCCUUUCCUUUGA